CUGCAAAAUCGAUCUCACUGCAUAGCGUACAGUCGACAUAGCAACUAACGAAGUCGUCUGCUCGUUGACAUUUGAGAGAGUUUGAAAGUAGGGGCGAAGAUUAAUAUUUUCGAAGAAAGGAUGUAUCCCGGGGAUGUAUUCCUAAAUCUCUGAUAUAAAUAUAGCAGGACAAUGAACAGCUCUUCUUCAAGAUCUUCUUCGGUGAAGAAACCUUGCAGAAAGAAAAAGCCUAGCUACCAUGCCAACCCUGCCUACCACAGCGGCUUCUUCUGUCACUGUUCGUCUUGCCGAUCCUUUCAUCGUCUCUUUGUAAAAGACAUUGAUGUGGUGGGUAAAGUCUGUGCCACUGUCAGGGAUAAAUCAAGCCUUCAGCUGAGUAAUGAAGCCUUUCUGGAUAGGUUCAGAGAGACCCAACUCAACACAAAACCCAACUGGAUCAAACUGGGCGAUCGAGUUACAGCUAAGGGCAAGUUUAAGGGUAUUGUGAAGUAUAUUGGUCCUCUUGAUGAUCAGGUGGUAUCCCCACCUACGUACGUAGGAAUCCAGCUCGAUGACCCAGUGGGAUUGCAUUGUGGCAUCAUCAAUGGCAAGCGAUACUUUGAAACGCCAAAAGGGCGUGGCUUGAUGGUGAAGUACGAAGAGGUGUCCAAGAGGAAACCUGCCGAUAAGUGCCCACCUAUCCAGGGGAACACCAUGUUUCCCAGCUACGAGCCAGGCAAAUACACACGUCUUUGGGCCGAUAGUGAUGUAGGUUCACCAGUCAAUCAGACAGAGCAAUGGAAAGAACGAGGAAGAGCUAAAUCUGCACCACCAAAACAAAGUGAAGCAGAAGAAAAAGCGUCAUUGAAUGCUCAACAGUCUUGGUCUAGAGCCAAGUGGAGGAUUAGCUUGAUGUUCAAAUUGGAUGACAAAGGCACCCAGAGGAAUCGGCCAGACCAACUCCCACCAAAGGUCCUCCAGAAGAUCUCCGACUGGAAGAAGGGGCUCAAGGGGGAUGAGAAAGAGGCAGAGCAGCUGGCCCAGACCCUAAAAAAACUACACUUGGCCCAGGAGAAGGGGCGAAGAGAGCUAGAAGAAGAAAGAGAGAAAGAAGAGAGAGAAAAGGCGAGGUUGGUAAGAGAGAGAGAGAGGGAGAGGAAAAGAUUGGAAGGGGAGUAACAAUAAGAAUUGCUAUAUGAAAUAAAGUGUAAAAGUUGAAGAUGAAGAAGAUAUUGAACUAGAAGCGGUUGAGGGGACAAGAAAGGGGCCAACAAGUUGCUUCAGUCCAUCAAGAAAUAAUACUUGGCACGGGAGGUGUUGAAGGGGAGAGAGACAGAAAGAAGAAAGGGAGAUGAAGAGAUCAGAAGCAUCAGGGGAAUGAAAAAAAAAGUUGCUACAAAGCAAAGUACAAAAGCUGGUGAUCAGGAAGUUCUUGCAGUAGAAGAGGUUUGGGGACAUAAGAGAGAUGCAAAGUAGUUGCCUUGGUCAAGGAAUUGCACUAGGAAGGAAUAGAGAGAUGGAGGAGACUCGGGGGGGGGGGGGGCAGUCAAAUGUAAUGCUGUACACACGCGUGGCCAAAUUAUUUCCAAACACCCCCUAAACGAGUUUUCCUCUGUGUGCAAAAUAAACCCCUAAACAGGCUUUAUUUACACAUUUUGGCCCCUAAACAUGUCGCCAGAAUAUGACUCGGAAAAAAAAACAUACCCCAAACACGUUUGGCUAGUCUUAAAAAAAAAGCUUUGGAAAAAUAAACAUACCCUAAAUACCUUUGACCCUGCGAUUGACCAUUGACCAGUCUUUCAAAACUACCCCUUUUGUUUUAAAUCUGUUUUUGAUACCCUUAACGAGUGUAGCCCGGCCCGCGUCCAAAACUGAAAAAAACACCCCUUUAAAUGUGUUUUUUUUGGUCACGCGUGUGUACAGCAAUAUAUUUGAGUGGCCCCCCUGGGGGAGGAGAGAAAGAUAAAAAAAGAGAGGGAAAAGCAAGUGAUUAGAGAAGGAUGACAAACAGGACAUGUAGUAAAACUGCCAGGUGAAGAAUAAAGCAUGUUCAGUGGAGGUAGGAGAGAAAUAAGGUAUAAAAAUAAAGUAUACUACAAAUGUGAGAAUAAUUUCCCUGCCAUGGCCAACUUAUUUUUCUAAAUCAUUGCCAAACUAAAUUGUGCCAUAUUUUGAUUUGUUUCAUGUAAUUACUUUUUAUUUUUUACAAAUCUAUGCAUCUUAGAUUUGAAGACUACGCAUCACCGGGGGUGAAGAUCUAAUUUAAUGCUGCAGUGAGAAUUUCAAAUUUUCUCCCGUUUUUUUACACAAAUUUUUUUUUUCAGGUACAUGUAUAUCCAUUGCGUUAUUCAGUAUUAAACAGGUUAAAUGAUGUUUUUGUAUUUUUUUUUAAAUGACGGUUCUAUACCAGUAUCUGUAUUCAAAUUCUCAGUGUCUGAAACUUUGGUGGAAAUAUAGUUUCAUAUGAGAACUAUUGUAUUAGUUUUACUAGACCAUAAGGUAAUAAUAUUGAUAGUUGAACUUUACCUACAAACAUAUCAGGGGCAGCGGAACGGUUUAGAACGUGGGGGAGCUGAGCCGAUAGUGGGGGUGGCUGACCAUGCAAAAAAUCACAAUCAGAUGUCAAUUUUUAUGUUUUUGUACACGGUUUUGAAAAAAAGUGGGGGACCUGAAGCCCCCCCCCCCUUGUUCCACGGCCCCUGCAUAUCUCGCGACUGAGCUGAUAAAACCUCAUAUCUCAAAAUUUGAAUAUUUCGACGACAGCUUAGAAUGAACUAGAUUUUAGAGUUAUAACAUGGGUAGCAACCUUCUUUUGCCUGAAUGUUUUUUUUCAGGUAAUGACAAUCUACUGACUGGAGUUAUUGCUUUUAUCAUUUUGCCAUUUUUUUAUGCCAGAUUUAUGAUAGUAUACCAACAAAGAGAUGUGUAUUGUAAUUACUAAUGCUGUUUGCCGAAAUGCUUAUUUAGUAUUAAAAAAAAUCAAUGCACUUUAUGAUGAUGUUGUGCCAUGUGUAUUUUAAACUGAAAUAUAAAUAUAAUGAGCUAGAUGUAUAAAUGUUUUAUACAUUAUGUAAAUAAAGAUUGAAUAAUUUUGAAGUGCUAUGUCUGACAUAUUGCUUUUCAUUUCCUCUGUAUAUAUUUCUUCUUUCCUCUUUAUCAUAACUAAAUUGCAGUCAAAUACUUGGAAGGAUCCAAAUGAGAGUCGCAUGACUCGUAAGAAGAGAAGAUAAUGAAAGGGGAAAACAUCUAAGAUUCUCACUAGUAGACAAAUCAUGACUCAUCACUAGCACCAGUCACUGUAUUUCAUUAAACCAAUAUCAUUCACUUUCUUAAAAGGGAUGAUCCAGGCUGGAGAUAUUUAUAUCUCAAUAAAUAGAGUAAAUUCACAUAGCAAAAUGCUGAACAUUUCAUCAAAAUUGGCUAACAAAUAACAAAGUUAUGGCAUUUUAAAGAUUUGCAUUAUUCUGAUGAAACAGUUCUAGGCAUGUCUUCAUGAAUAUUCAUUAGGUGGGCUGAUGAUGUCAAAUAGUCUUUUUUCUCAGGACUGACAAGAGACAUCGUGAUGUCACCACAGAGACAUGCUUUGACAAGCAGAGAUUUGAGAAGCAAGCUUGUUUCCAGUUGCCCCUAAAAUCAUUUUUGACAAGAUUACAAUCCCUGGUCAACCCUUGUUAUCUAUUUCCGAUAGAUGGCUCUUAAAUGCUUUGCUAAUAUUGAUGCUACUGGUAUUAAUGGAUGGAAAACUGAUUAACUGAAGGUCCUGUGUUUGAGCACUGUUCUCUCCGUUCAAAUUGAAUUUGAUUUCCCUCUUACACAAAUAUUAAUUCAGCAGUUUAUUUAAUCAGGUACUUAUAUGUUAGGGUUGUUACCAGCCAAGGGUAAAAAUAUUUGAGAAAAGUUCACAAUUCCACUAUUGUCGGGGUAAACUUGGGCAAAGUUGACAAACAGACUGAUUUCACACAAAUGAUGAAUAAUAACAAAUUAUAAUUCAUAAUCUUUUCUAUUCUUACUUCUCUAUACACAGUAAAAUAUUGCAAUGAAGUAUAAACAUUUAUAAAGAUUUCCUGUACAUUGGAAAGGGGUUUUGUAAGACACAUCCUUGCCUUUACUUGGCCUUCAAAAGGGAAAGUUCACCCUGACAAAAAGUUUGUUGUAAAAUACCAUGGAAAAUAAUAGAAAUAUUGGUGAUGGUUUGAGGAAAAUCCAUCACAGAUUAAGAAAGUUAUUAAAAUUUUAAGUUUUUGAUUUGUAAUGUCAUAUGAGCAGCUGCCCCAUAUGCUGUGUAAUAAAAAAGCAUAAAUUUUAAUUUGUCAAUGGUCCAUGACUAUUUUUUUUCUAUCAGGAGCAGAAGUGAUAUAAAUUGUCUGUUGAUAUACAGAAGGUACAAAAAAAAUAUUUUCAAUUUUAUACAGAAUGACAUUUUAUUAUUAUUUUUUUACUAAACUAUAUAUGUGGAAGCUGCUUACAUAUAUCAUCACAAAUCCAAAAAUUUGAAUUCUAGUAACUUUGAUGCAUUUUUUUCAAACCUUCAGUGAUAAGUUUCAUCAUAUUUUCAUUUUUACAAUUAACUUUUCAUCAGGAUGAUCUUCCCCUUCAACACACAUCACAAUUGCUAAUUCUUGACUGAUUAUUGCAAAACAUUUUGAGGGGUUUUCUCAACUUUAUCUACAUUUUUUUAAACAGAAGGAAAUAUCACCCCUAUGGUAGUAAACCCCUAAAUGAAAAAAAUAAAAAGUGUCUUGCUUACAUUGCUUGUGGAGGCAGGCACUAUACAUAACCCUCAAGAAUUUUUCACUUCUUGCAGUGGCGGAUCCAGUUAGCAAUAUAUAAAUGUUUUGCAUAGGAAAGUGAAUACUUUAUUUUUUCCUUAAAUUUUUGUGACAUAAAUCACCUUCAUUCUUGAGUGAAGACAUUUUUGUGUGUUUUUUUAAUGCUUCUCAAAAUUAUUAUCUGCAAAAAUGCCCCCUAGAAAAUCCUGGAUCUACUCCCUACUUCAUGGUAAGGGGGGGGGGGGGGGGGGGAGGGG